AUGAAGUUAAAAUCAGGUUCCAAAAUCCCAACAGCAAGAUACUGCGCUCUAACAUUCCUUACCAUCCUUCCCGCGAACAACUCUGCAUACCACCCCACUGUCAGCCACUCCCAACUUCACGAUCUCGUAUUAGACGACCUGGACAGUUCAACAACAAUCCAAAAUACAUACAUCUGGCACUCAACUUUGAAAUCUCAGAGAUCUAGAACAGGUCUAGAUAGUAGCAAUAAUGCAGAAAGCAGCGGCAGCAGCAGCAAGAGGAGGGGGAGCAGCAGCAAAGGCAGCAGCACCCUCUCACACAGUCAUAUAUCCCGCAGCACCGUUUCCAGCAGCAACAUCAACCACACCAACAUGCGACGAGUCACUGUGUCAAACGCAGAGUACAUCUUGGGAUCGCACCUGCGCAGGUCAACACUAUCGGGCACGGGGCGCAUCACGCAUUCCAAGCUGAGUGGGUCUGAAUUCCUGUGCAUGCCAGACGACAACAAUAACAUCCCCACUACCACCACGACGCCAAAUCCGGUUACAAAUAUCGCAAAAACCGAAGUCGACAAAAGCAAUAUCCGCAACUCCAUCGUUGGCCCAUUGCCGUGCACCAUUAAACGGAGCAAGCUCGACAAUGUGAAAAUCUCGCAGAGCAUGAUUGAGGAUUCGAGUUUGAAGGAUUGCGAUAUCGAGGGUUGCCAGAUUUCGAAGGGGAAGUUUUCGGGCUUGUGGUUGAGGAAUGGGGUUUGGGAGGAUGGGGAGCUCGUUGGAGAGGUGAGGAAGGGGGAAGGGGUGGUUUUGAAGGCAAAGAAUUUUGCGGAGAUUGAGGAGAGGGAGAAAGAGAGGGAGCGGGAGAGGAGUAGAAGGGCUGAAGGAGAAAAGCGUGGACAGGAGAGAGGUAUUGGGAUAGGAGGAGGAACAAAAGGAGGUAUGGAGGAUCCUCUUCCGAUUCCUGCGUCUGCUGGCGCUCAGGGGGAUAAUGUGCUGUUGGUGGGGAUAUCGUCGGGAGAAGCCAGUGGCUUUAUCUGUCCCCCCCAGGGCAAUUUUACGCAUGCCAACCCGCCCCAGAUACCACCGCCAAAUUUCGAUUCAUUGGAUCCGACACCAGCAGCAGAGUCAGCAGCAGCAGCAGCACCAGCACCAGCAGCAACAUUAACACGCGAUCAGCACCAAAACCAACGUCAAGCACCUCCACUCCCUUCGAAAAAUCAACCACAUAUCAGCACGCAGGAUGAUUGUCCCAGCUCGCCGUCCACCGACACUUAUUCGAGUGCUGCCGAAAGUUUGCUCGACCCUGAUGAGGAGGGCGAGUUUGUGCUUCAGGAUCUUCCCGAUGUUAGCCCUUUAUGCAUUGACGAUGACAAACCCCCGCCAUAUACACCAUGA